AUGCGUGGACUGGGGAAAAAUGUCUGUAUGUGGGGAAAUGGAAAUCCAUUCUCUGGAGCACCUAGGCUCCUUACUGAAUCACACAUUCCAAAGACAGAUUCUUGCCCACAAGGGUGUCUUAAUGGAGCACUUUGUACAGAAACUGGUUCAUGUGAUUGUGAGACCUUUCAGGCACGAGGAGACAGAUGCCAAUAUGUGCCAAAUACUGGGAAAGAGAGAGAUGCAAUCUGCAGAAGCUGGGGUCAAUACAACUUUGAAACUUUUGAUGGCAUCUACUUUUACUUCCCGGGAAACUGUUCAUACAUAUUUGCCAGAGACUGCAGCAACUCAGUGCCUUUGUAUACUAUAUGGGUUCACAAUAGUCCUAAGUGUGAGGGAUCUGUGUAUGCCUGUCCACGUUCCAUCAGUAUGUUUUUCUCAAGCCAAGAGGAGAUCACCGUUACGGGUUAUGAAGUGAAGAAAGGAGGUGUGAGGUUGCUGCUCCCACAAACAGUAGAAAAUGUAUUUAUCGAGAGACUAGCUGACUAUAUUUUGGUGAAGACAACCUUUGGAUUUUCUCUUGCUUGGGAUGGAGGAUCUGGAAUCUAUAUCAAAUUAACCGAAGAUCAUAAAGGAAAAACUUGUGGUUUAUGUGGAAACUUUAAUGGCAACUGGUCUGAUGACCUGAUCAUACAGCACAAGGAAAUUACAGAAGACAUAGCUAUGUAUGCAAACAGCUGGUUUAUCCAAAUUCCAGAAGAACCAUAUUGUGUACCCACAGUCUCUGAAUACCCAGAUCCUUGUUCUCAGAAGUCUGCCCAUGAGGCAAUGUUUCUGAAGUGUCAAGUGCUGUUACAGUUCCCUUUUCUGAGCUGCCAUGAGACCAUUGACCCAUAUUCUUUCAUCGCCAGCUGCAUGAACGAUCUUUGCAAACAAGAUGAUGACGAAACCUACUGUCGUGCUGUAAUGGAGUAUGCAAGAGCAUGUUCUCAUUCUGGUUUUCCCAUACGAGACUGGCGAGAUGACUUCCCUGCAUGCACUGAAAAAUGUGAGAACAAUUUUGUUCACCGAGAUUGCAUAAGCUGCUGUCCGCCAACUUGUACUUAUGAAAAAGAAUGCCUUGGAAGCAAUCUACACUGCCUGGAUGGAUGUUACUGUCCAGAUGGGCUUAUCCUGGACAACGGCUCCUGUGUUUCUGUGACUAGCUGCCCCUGCAUCUACCAUGGGACAGCCUACCCAGCGGCUUCUAAAAUAGAACAGGAAUGCAGCAUGUGUAUUUGCACUGGCGGUGUUUGGAACUGCACAGAACAUGAAUGUCCAGCUGAGUGCUCUGUGGUUGGAGAUUCUCAUUUCACAACUUUUGAUGGGCGUUAUUUCACAUUCCUGGGAUUGUGUCAGUACAUUCUGGUGAAGGGAACUGGAAAAGAUAAAUUUACAAUCACAUUGCAGAAAUCUUAUUGUGACCAGCACUCUGACCAUACAUGCAUUCAGUCAAUCACACUUGUGCUGGAUGAGGAUAUUAAUAAACAGGUCACUAUCUUAAGGAAUGGAGAUGUCCAUUUUGGUCCUAACCAAGGUCUUAUGCUGAAUGGCGAUAUUGAGGUUCGAAAUUUGUCCUCAAUGUUUGUACAGCUGAAGACAAAAUUUGGAAUAAGAAUUCAGUUUGCUAAAGGAGGCGACAGACUUUACAUUCAAGCCAGUAGUUCCUGGAAGAGGAGAACAUUGGGUCUAUGUGGAACAUUUAAUGGCAAUCUAAGAGAUGACUUUCUAUCUCCAGCAGGUAUGAUUGAAGGAACCCCACAACUGCAUGCCAAUGCCUGGAAAAUAUCAUCAGCUUGUUUAACUCCAGUAAACAUCCCUGUAAUAGAUCCAUGUGACACUAAUCUUCAAAAUGUUGGAUAUGCAACCCACUGUGAUGUUAUCAAUCAGGAACUUUUUGCACCAUGUCAUUCCUAUGUGAGUCCGGGAUUGUAUUACCAGUUGUGUCGUUUUGAUGCGUGUAAAUGUGGCAGUAAUUGUCUUUGCAAUUCAUUGGCUCACUAUGCCUACAUCUGCAACAAGCAUGGCGUUUCCAUCAACUUCAGGUCACAGGUUUCAUUUUGUGGAGUAAUAUGUCGGUAUGGCAUGUUGUACCACCAGUGCUCCUCUUACUGUGGAAAGACCUGCUCUUCUCUUUCUCUGGGAGAAGUCUGCACUAAUGAAUGUAUCGAAGGAUGUAACUGUCCUGAUGGAAAGUACUUUGAUGAGUCUCUUAGUUUUUGUGUUCCAAUAUCAAGCUGUCGUUGUUAUUAUAAAGGCAGAAUCUAUCAUCCAGGGGAAGUGAUCUUGAGACAAUUUGGCUCCUGCCAGUGUUUGAAUGGAACAAUGAGAUGUACCGAAACGUCUACAACCAUCACAGGUCACACCUGUCCAGAAGGAAAGAUAUACUUUGAUUGCAGAAACCCUGUACUGGGCUUACCAUCUGCUGGUGUCAACUGUGAAGUUACAUGUGCAAACCUGGCUAUGAAUUUUACAUGUGUCCCAUCACCACUAUGUGCCAGUGGUUGCAUUUGUCCACCAGGCAUGGCAGAGUAUAAAGGGAAAUGCUAUGUACCAGAUAGCUGUCCAUGUACAUGGAAGGACUGGGAAUACUUGUCUGGGGAAGUGAUAUCUACACCAUGUUAUACAUGUGUUUGUAAAAGAGGAAUUUUUAACUGCACCAGUUAUCCUUGUCCUUCAGUGUGCACUGUAUAUGGUGAUCGCCAUUACUACACUUUUGAUGGUCUGGAAUAUGAUUAUGUCAGUGACUGUCAAGCAUUUCUAGUAAAGAGCACAGACAACUCAAAUGUGUCCAUCAUUGCUCAGAAUAAGAAAUGCUUUGAUAAUGACAUAAUUUGCUCUAAAAAUCUCAUCAUUUCUGUGGGCGGUGCAGAUAUUUAUUUUUCUGAGACACCAGAGAAACAGAAGCAGAUUCGAUUACAACAUGGCCCUUAUAGGUAUCGGCACUGGAAGGCUGGCUUCUAUACAGUUGUUCAUUUUCCAGAAUUGGAUAUUACAGUUCUUUGGGAUAAGAAAACGACAAUACAUGUCAAAGUGGGACCUCGGUGGAAAGGUAAACUGUCAGGUCUAUGUGGGAAUUUUGACAAGUACACCUCGAAUGAUCUAACAACAUCAAAUAACAUGGAAGUGAGAAAUGCUCAGGUGUUUGGAGACAGCUGGACCAUUGGCCAGUGUAAAAGCUACAAUGAAACAAUGAGACCUUGUGAAGUUCAUCAAAACAAAUUUCCUUAUGCCAAAAAGGAGUGCUCCAUCCUCUACAGCGAUGUAUUUGCUCCAUGUCGUAAUGUGAUUGAUGUAACAUCGUUUGUUAAGAACUGCCAUACAGACACAUGUAAUUGUAAUCUCGGAGGGGACUGUGAAUGUCUCUGCACUAGUAUAGCAGCAUAUGCUCAUAAAUGUUGUCAACAAGGUGUAGCUGUCCACUGGAGAUCACCAAACAUGUGCCCUUAUGAUUGUGAAUAUUAUAAUCAAGGACUGGGUGAAGGUCCCUUUAUUCUUUCUAGCUGUGGCAACAGUGAGAUCAUAUUAGGUGUGAAUGUUACCAGCAAAUAUAUAUUCCCAUUGCCAAGAAUGAGUGCACAUGGAAAUGUUUUGUUUAACUUCAUGAUAACACCUGGACUUUUCAGAGAUAAAGACCUAUCUCUAUCACUUGUAUCUUUGGAGUCAGCAGAAAGACCAAAUUACUUUCUAUCUGUACAAGAAAAUGACAGUGUACAACUGGAGCAAUGGGAAGCCAGUUCUAUGUUUCAAAGAAGGGCCACCUUUUUUCACCACCAGGGUCUUUGGGUUCCAGGUUACAGCGCCUUUGAAUUACACAGCAGAAAAGGGUUCUUUAUUAUUCUUACAGCCACAGAGGUUAAAGUUUCCAAAUAUGACAAUUCUGAGGAAUUUAAACUGUCCAGUGGUUUCAAGAUUGAAGAGAUUGUUGCUGCAGUUCCAUACAGGAGAAUGUGUGAAUGGAGAUAUGAACCUUGUGCCAGCCCUUGUGUUAAAACCUGCAGUGACCCUGAAGCCACCCUGUGUUCAUUUCUUCCACCAGUAGAAGGUUGCAUUCCAUACUGCCCAAACCAUAUGAUUCUUGAUGAAGUUACACUCAAAUGUGUUUACCCAGAAGACUGUGUGCCAGUAAAAUCAACAGUUUUACCUUUUGCAACAAAGUUAACAAAAACCACAUUAGCUCCAACUAUCUCUAGCACUGCAGUAAAAUAUCCACUAAUGACAUCUUCAACUCCACCAGACUUUUAUGACAUAUCAACAAUUUCUACAAUACAGUCUUAUAUUGAGAGAAAAACAACCCUCCAAGAACACAUAAGACCCUCACUUCCAAGCACAUCAGAUAAGUAUGAAUCAACUCUUGAACUGCUUACCAGUGACUAUGACAAAACAAUUUUAAGGACUUCAACUGGCCCUACACAGCAGAUAACAAAAAGCACUAUUCCUGAAAUGAGAGGUUCUUCAACAACUUUAGAAACAUUCACUUCUUCACUUAAAGACACAACAUCACCUCAAACAGUAACAUCCUUUGCAUCUAUGAAAACAAUGCCUCCAAGAGAAGCUGUUGACACAACUAAGACCCCAACAAGAAUGUUGGGGCAGUUUUCGCAAGGUCUGUUCCAGUUGACAACAAGGGCAGUUACGGUUUUGCCAUAUUCAUCCAUAACAGAGAGUACUGUUUCAACAGUCACCACAGGUACCUCAGAAUUGCCAGUGCAAUUAAAUUUAACAUCUCCAAUGGAAGCAAGCAUGCCAUCUGUGUCGCUUACAUCAAAUGUGGUCACUACUCCUUUAACUACGUCACUGAAGGAAAUCCCUUCCACAUCUAGAUCAACUACUUUUGAAGAAUUUCAAAGUAGUAAGUCACCUCACACAACUUUUAAGACAACCUAUGGAAAACAAUUAACCAGCAUGUUGCUUCAUACUUUGGUAUUAAAUGAAACUUCUAUUUUGCCCACAUAUACAACACACGUGAGUAUAUCUGGAAGUCAGACAACUCCAUUGACAUCAGCAUCAUUUCAUCCAUAUUCAGAGCUUACUCGAACACCCACAACAUCUAUUCCUACUUCAACAUCUAUUCCAGAUCUACACCAAACAACAAAAUCUGUGACACAAACUAAAAUGAAAGAAGAACUGUCAACAUUGUCAACAAAUGUAUUUACAUCUGAAAAAAUUGUAGCAACUUCAGCCCCUGGAAUUACCCUCAGUGUGUCUAUAUCUCCAUCUACAAUAAGUCUAAAAACUUCAAGGAUGUCAACCACACUUUCAGAUCUUACUGUACCUUCAAAAAGUACUACAUCUACUACAGAAAUAGGGGCUACAUUAGGUUAUUUACAGUCCACUGAGUCAACUAAACCAACAAUUGUAUCUAGAACAACAGAGUUUACAAAGACCUCCAUAAAACACAUGGCUUUGUCUACUACUAAUGCAACACUUAUCCAGACUCGACCUGUUACCCUGAGUACUAAGAAAUUUCCAAAAAGUACAGAGCCAUCUUUUAAGACUUUAACAACUAUUAAAGAACAUUUGGGUACAAGCUUUCCAACACAAGAAACACCAACAAGUAGCAUGGAAAGCAGAUCAACAGAUCAUACUAUUUCAGCUACACAAUUAUUUGGUUCAAGUUCAGCCAUUAGUACUUUUAAGCAAUCAGAAGGAACUAUUAAAGUCACUAUUACACAUCCAAGUAAAUCCUCCACUUCAUUACCCACUGAAAGCCUGUUUACUACUUUGUUGCCUUCUGUAAGUUUUGACACUUCAUCACAAACUUAUGGAAAAAUUACAGAUUCAACAACUAGAUUUUUGGAAAAGCAUACAAUUGCUAUGCCAAGAACUGAACAUCCAGAAACCCCAACAGAACUUACAACUAAGACUGCAACUACAGAACCAUUGUCCAUAUCAUCUACACUUGGGGCUAUCAAUGGGACAGCUUUGAGUGUUACUGCUUUUAAUGGAACAACCCAAAAAGUCUAUAUCACUCACAGUUUAAUGAGUACUAUAAAAGAAAAGCCAUCUACAGUAUCUGUAAAAUCUGUUGAACCAAGCACAAUGGACAUCACCCAAAUAGCAUAUACAUCUUUAGUAACUAAUAAGACAUCGUCUGAUAAGGCAUUGACUGAUUCUGCUUUUCCAACUCUGGAAACUUUACGACCAAUAUCUAACUAUACAGAACUAAUAAAGUUAGGAACCACACAAUCGGUACACACAUUAUCUGAAUUGUCUGUGCUACCCUCGACCACUGAAUCCAUGAGUUCAGAAACAGCAACUGAGCUCAUGGUUAAUCUUACAGCAUCAUCAGAUUACUAUUCAUUUGGAACCAUGCUACAAACCAGUAGCCCUUCGGAAUGCCUGCCAAGGUAUAUUGAGCCAUUGGAUCCAUGCAGCCAGUAUGUUUGCAUCAACAUGGGAUGGAUGUUGUAUAAUGUAUCAAGUAAUUGUCAUAAAAAUGUGGAGAAACCGGAUUGUGGCUUUCGUGGGAUGCCUGUUCAAGUUAACAGUGACAGCUGCUGCCCAGAAUGGGAAUGUCCUUGCCAGUGCUCUGUGUUAUCAGAGCUGAGCAUCAUCACAUUUGAUGGGAAUAAUAUUGCACUAUAUAAUGCUGCACCAUAUAUUUUGGUUAGACUUCCUAAAGAAACUAUUGUUGCUCAUAUAGAAAAAUGUCCUCCAAGCCUGAGUGUAAACUCCAUACGAAAGUUGGUUGCAGCUGGAGGUACUUCAGGGUUGUGUUUCAAAAAGCUCAAUGUAACAACAGCAAACCUUCAAGUGCUUAUAAAUCGUUUGGACAGAAGGGUAGAAGUGAAUUCAAUACUUCAACCCUUACCUUUUUCAAAGCAAGGUCUAUGUAUCCAAGACACCGGAGCAAUGUAUGUCAUUAACACACCAGCCGGCAUCAGCAUUAAAUGGACUCAUGUUACUGGCAUUAUAGAUAUACAGUAUGGCCUUCAAACCAACCAGUCCACCAAGACCGAAGGCCUUUGUGGAAUAUGCAAUGGUGAUCCAAGUGACGAUUUAAAGAUGCAGAACAGAACAAUAAUAACAAACAAAGAAGAUAUAGAAGCAUUUAUUAAAAGCUGGGAAAUUGAGAAAUCCAUAGAUGUUACCACAAGACGUCCAGUGAGAAACUGCACAGAAGAUAAUUGCACUUAUUGCAUGGAACUACUCAAUAGAAAAGUAUUUACCCCCUGCCACAGGAAGGUUUCUCCACAAGAUUUCUGUGAGAAGAUGUGGAUCAACAGUUCAUACUUUUUAAAUUAUGAAUGUGAUGCCCUUUCUGCAUAUGUAGCAUUGUGCAGUAAGCACAACAUCUGUAUUCGAUGGAGGACUCAAGAUUACUGCUCUCUACCAUGUCCAGAGGGAAAGGAGUAUCAGGCCUGUGUCCAACCAUGUGCUGCUAAGACCUGCUUGAACAAAUGGUAUUACGAAGAGUCUCCCUGUUCUUACUUAAGAGAAGACUGUGUGUGCAAAAAAGGAACCAUUCUUCACAGGACAGACUCUGAGCUAUGCAUUCCUGAAGACAAAUGUGCUUGUACUGAUAAUGAAGGCCAUCCCCACUCACCGGGAGAGAUCUGGCAUUCAUCAGCCAAUAAAUGCUGUCUGACAAAAUGUCUGGAGAAUGGAACUGUGGUGUCCAUAGAACCGGACUGCAGGGAACAACCAGACCCAAUUUGUAAUCGGGAGGGAGAGAUGCUUAUCCGCAUCAUUGAAGAAGGGGCUUGCUGCCCCCAAAAAGUGUGUGACUGUAAUACAACGUUAUGUGAAAAAACUGUAAUGUGUAAAAGUGGAGAACGAUUGGUUGCUGAAUACAGCCCAGUGACCUGCUGCCCUCAGUUACAAUGUGUGUGUGACCAAUCGGCUUGUCCAGCAGUAACACGCCCAGAAUGCAGACCAGACCAGAUUUCUGUUCAGAUUAGACAAGAGGACACUUGCUGUUUCUUCUACAUCUGUGUUUGUGAAUCCUGUACAGAGCCUGUUCCCGUCUGCAGAGAUGGAGAAAUCCUUACUGUAGAUUUGAACACUACUAACCAGUGCUGUCCGCGUUAUAUUUGUGUGUGUGAUGAGAAACUUUGCACUGCACCCCAGCUGACCUGUUCCCCUGAAACCCAGUUGGUCCAAAAUACAUCAAAUGGAAAUUGCUGUCCAGACUGGUACUGUGAAAAGGAAGAAGUAUGCAUAUAUCAGGGAAUUACUGUGCUGCACCCGGGUCAGUCACUAAUUGAGUAUUUAAACGGAGAGACUUGCUACACUGUAAAAUGCUUACAUGAAAAAGAUCCUGCAAGUGGAUUUCAUGCUAUGGAAACUUUGACAGUUAACUGUUCCAAGAACUGUGCUACAAAUCAAGUUUACAUCCCAUCAGCAAACCAACAGGUAUGCUGUGGAACCUGCAAAAAUGUGUCAUGCACGAUUCACAGUGACAAUGGAACAUUCACUAUAUAUGAGGUGGGCGAUUCAUGGAAUUCCAACUGCACCAAAUAUGAGUGCACAAAGACAUCUGUAGGUGCCAUGAUUCUGGGUUCUAGCGUUGUCUGCCCUCCUUUUAAUAGCACUGAAUGUCUAAAGAAUGGAGGAACAAUACAGACAUAUAACGAUGGCUGCUGCAAGAUAUGCUCAAAGGACGAAAAGAUAUGUCAAAAAGUGGCAGUCAGAACCACUAUACGAAAGAGUGACUGUUUUAGUCAAUAUCCUAUCACUGUGGCCUCUUGUGAUGGAAAGUGCCCGUCGGCAACAAUCUUUAAUGUAAACAUUGAUAGCCAUAUAAGAUUCUGUAAAUGUUGCCGAGAAAAUGGAGUACAGAAUCUGACUGUGCCACUCUACUGCUCAGGAAACGGGACUGAAGUGAUGUAUGUCAUACAAGAGCCGCUGGACUGCUCAUGCCAGUGGAAUUAA